GAAUCCGAACUGGGAAGGUCCAAUUGUGGCAGCAGCUAUCUCGUCUAUUUGUCGGGUGGUACAGUACAGCUCUGCUCCCCCGCCGCCCGCCCGCCCCCUCGGCGCUGGUGUGUGCUCCGCUGCUCUGCUUACACAAUAACUGUGCAUCGAUUGAGUCCAGCUCGAGAAGAGGAAGCACGGCACAGGACUAACUCCUCUCGUUCGACGAAAAGACAAAAGGAUUACGUAUAGCCAGUAGCCAAGAGCGAACGGCAAGCGUGUGUGAUCAGUAUUUGUUGUAUUUGUCUCGUUCCAACGCGAAUCGGUUUUAGUGCUGAAAACAAGUUCAAUACUGCUAACGGGGUAGUUUUCUGCGAAAGCCCCCAAAACAGAAUUCGCAACGCCAAGCGCAAAAAUUGUGUAAUAGCACCCAAACGUGUAAAAGUUGUUUUUUUAUUUUAUUUUCCCGUUCAUUUGUUACUCGUAUUUUAUUUGCCUCUCCCGCCGUCGUCGUCGUUUGCAUUUUUGUUUGUUGAUCGUUUAACUGUCUCGCCUCUAAUAAGUUUAAACAAGAAUCCGCAUUAUGAGUGCUCAGCAUGGGAGAGCGGACUCUUAUCGAGUCGCCACGGUUAUAGCCACCGAUGACGACAAUCGGACAGCCGAUGGCCAGUACAAGUCAAGACGCAAGAUGCCGGCCAAAGUUAAUAAAAAGGAGAAUUUAGAUGAUCUCAAACAGGAGUUGGAUAUCGACUUUCAUAAAAUCUCUCCUGAGGAAUUGUAUCAGCGCUUUCAGACACAUCCCGAGAAUGGUCUAAGUCACGCCAAGGCCAAGGAGAACUUGGAGCGCGAUGGUCCCAAUGCGCUGACGCCACCCAAGCAGACACCCGAAUGGGUGAAGUUCUGUAAGAACCUGUUCGGUGGCUUCGCCAUGUUGCUGUGGAUCGGUGCUAUUCUCUGCUUCGUGGCCUAUUCUAUCCAGGCCAGCACCAGCGAGGAGCCGGCCGACGAUAAUUUGUAUCUGGGUAUUGUACUUUCCGCUGUCGUCAUUGUGACGGGCAUUUUCUCAUACUAUCAGGAAUCGAAAAGUUCAAAGAUCAUGGAAUCGUUCAAGAACAUGGUACCCCAGUUCGCCACCGUCAUCCGCGAGGGCGAGAAACUCACGCUGCGCGCUGAGGAUCUCGUCCUGGGCGAUGUCGUUGAGGUGAAGUUCGGCGACCGUAUCCCCGCUGACAUCCGCAUCAUCGAGGCGCGCACCUUCAAGGUGGACAACUCCUCGCUGACCGGCGAGUCGGAGCCGCAGUCCCGCGGCGCCGAGUUCACCCAUGAGAAUCCGCUGGAGACCAAGAAUCUGGCCUUCUUCUCCACCAACGCCGUCGAGGGCACUGCCAAGGGUGUGGUCAUCAGCUGUGGCGAUCACACCGUCAUGGGCCGCAUUGCUGGCCUCGCCUCCGGCCUGGACACCGGCGAGACGCCCAUUGCCAAGGAGAUCCACCAUUUCAUCCACCUGAUCACCGGCGUGGCCGUGUUCCUGGGCGUCACCUUCUUCGUGAUCGCCUUCAUCCUGGGCUACCACUGGCUGGACGCCGUCAUCUUCUUGAUCGGCAUCAUUGUCGCCAACGUGCCCGAGGGCCUGCUGGCCACCGUCACCGUGUGCCUGACCCUCACCGCCAAGCGCAUGGCCUCCAAGAACUGUCUGGUGAAGAAUCUGGAGGCCGUGGAGACCCUGGGCUCCACAUCGACCAUCUGCUCCGACAAGACCGGCACCCUCACCCAGAACCGAAUGACGGUCGCUCACAUGUGGUUCGACAAUCAGAUCAUCGAGGCCGACACCACCGAGGAUCAGUCGGGUGUUCAAUACGAUAGAACCAGCCCUGGCUUCAAGGCGCUCUCUCGCAUUGCCACUCUCUGUAACCGUGCCGAGUUCAAGGGCGGCCAAGACGGCGUCCCAAUCCUCAAGAAGGAGGUCAGUGGAGAUGCCUCCGAGGCUGCUCUGCUCAAGUGCAUGGAACUGGCCCUGGGCGACGUGAUGAACAUUCGCAAGCGCAACAAGAAGAUCGCCGAGGUGCCGUUCAACUCCACCAACAAGUACCAGGUGUCCAUUCACGAGAACGAGGAUGCCAACGAUCCGCGUUACCUGCUCGUAAUGAAGGGAGCUCCCGAGCGCAUCCUGGAGCGCUGCUCCACUAUCUUCAUCAACGGCAAGGAGAAGGUUCUGGACGAGGAGAUGAAGGAGGCGUUCAACAAUGCCUACAUGGAACUCGGAGGACUGGGUGAGCGUGUGCUCGGCUUCUGUGACUUUAUGCUGCCCUCCGACAAGUAUCCCUCCGGCUUCAAGUUCAACACCGACGACAUUAACUUCCCCAUCGAUAAUCUGCGUUUCGUCGGUCUCAUGUCCAUGAUUGAUCCUCCCCGUGCCGCCGUGCCCGAUGCCGUGGCCAAGUGCCGAUCGGCCGGCAUCAAGGUCAUCAUGGUUACCGGCGAUCACCCGAUCACUGCCAAGGCCAUCGCCAAGUCCGUCGGCAUCAUCUCCGAGGGCAACGAGACCGUCGAGGACAUUGCCCAGCGGCUGAACAUCCCCAUCUCAGAGGUGAAUCCCCGCGAGGCCAAGGCCGCCGUUGUCCACGGCGCCGAGCUGCGCGAUGUGUCCAGCGACCAGCUGGAUGAGAUCCUGCGCUACCACACCGAGAUCGUCUUCGCCCGUACGUCGCCCCAGCAGAAACUGAUCAUCGUCGAGGGUUGCCAGCGCAUGGGCGCCAUUGUGGCCGUGACUGGUGAUGGUGUCAACGAUUCGCCAGCCCUGAAGAAGGCUGAUAUUGGUGUUGCCAUGGGUAUCGCCGGUUCUGAUGUGUCCAAGCAGGCUGCUGACAUGAUUCUGCUGGACGACAACUUCGCCUCCAUUGUGACUGGUGUGGAGGAGGGUCGCCUGAUCUUCGAUAACCUGAAGAAGUCCAUUGCCUACACCCUGACCUCCAACAUUCCCGAAAUCUCGCCCUUCCUGGCCUUCAUCCUCUGCGACAUACCACUGCCACUGGGAACCGUGACUAUUCUGUGCAUCGAUCUGGGCACUGACAUGGUGCCAGCCAUUUCAUUGGCCUACGAACACGCCGAAGCCGAUAUUAUGAAGCGUCCGCCACGUGACCCCUUCAACGAUAAAUUAGUGAACUCAAGGUUGAUUUCCAUGGCCUACGGACAGAUCGGUAUGAUCCAGGCCGCCGCCGGCUUCUUUGUAUACUUCGUCAUCAUGGCUGAGAACGGCUUCUUGCCCAAGAAACUGUUUGGCAUUCGUAAGAUGUGGGACUCGAAGGCUGUCAACGAUCUAACUGACUCCUACGGACAAGAAUGGACCUACCGCGACCGCAAGACCUUGGAGUACACCUGCCACACGGCCUUCUUCAUCUCGAUUGUGGUUGUGCAAUGGGCCGAUCUGAUCAUCUGUAAGACGCGUCGUAACUCGAUCUUCCAGCAGGGCAUGCGCAACUGGGCUUUGAACUUUGGCCUGGUCUUUGAAACCGUGCUGGCCGCGUUCCUCUCGUACUGCCCGGGCAUGGAGAAGGGUCUGCGCAUGUACCCCCUGAAACUCGUCUGGUGGUUCCCGGCUAUUCCAUUUGCGCUGGCCAUCUUCAUCUAUGACGAGACCCGUCGCUUCUACUUGCGUCGCAACCCCGGAGGCUGGUUGGAGCAGGAGACAUACUAUUAAACACCCACUCUGCUACACUCCCACAUGCCCACACACACACACACACACAGAGACACAAAGAAACACCACACCCAGAGAAACCAACACCCACAAACACCUACAAACCAUGGAGAGCAACAAAUAGUAAUGUUUAUGAACCACAAAACCCACACAACCACAGUAAUAGCAACAGCAGCAGCAGCAGCAACGGCAACAACAACAGCUACGGCUACAAAAAGCUACAGCAAGAACAUAUUACAAUAUAUUUUAUUUUUUUAAUUUAAUUAUUUAAAGUAAACGAGGAGAAACAAAAAUGCAAGCGAUAAUUAUUUUAAACGUUAAGUAAAUUUAAAUUAUAAAUUAAAGCUAAAAAUAAGAUUUAAAUAAAGUAUAAAUGAAAACAAAAACAAAUAAACAAAACGAACAACAAUUUCGAAGAAACACCAAUCACAACCAGACAGAAGCAAGAACAAGAACAAAUACAACCAGUAACUAAGCAAAACAGUAACAACACCAUGUUUUUAGUAAAAUUAUUAACGUAACGAACUGGAUGAAUCGAUUAUUUAAGCAGAGGCUUAUCGAAACAAUAAAAAGAUCCCAAAAUAAAGCUUAAUGCAUUCACACACACACUCGCACAGACACACUCACAAACUCUUACACACACACACACCGAUACACAACGCAUGACGAGACAAAGUAUAUAAGAAGUUUAGAGAAAUUAUAAAACGAAGUAAUAAAAAAGUAAAAGAGGAAAGAAAACAAUGAAAAACCUAGCGUAGUUACCAAAUAAGCCGUGAAGAGUAAACCCCAAUAAAAACCACAACAACAACAACCAAAAACAAAACAAAAGAAACAGAAAUUAAUUUGCAAAACUUGUGUGUGUAAACGCAGCUUAGCGCAGAAGAACGAAAUAUAUAUAUAAACAGAAAAACAACCACAAGAAAUGUGAACACGAGGAAUAUAAUUGUUUAUAUAUAUACACACAUAUAUUAUAUGGAAAUUUGAUUAUAUAAAUGGAGCUAUACAAUACACCAAAAAAACCAAAAUUGAAACCAUAACGAAAUCGACCGAUCUGCACUUGGUAUUUCGCCAGAGAGCCGGAGAUGGGUCUCCGAGCAAUAUUUGGAGGCCCGCCGGCGAUUCGCGGAGAAUCUGCAGAGAAGAAUUUGUUAAAAUCUAAAAAAAAACCAACUAAAUGUUUAUAAAUAAACCCCUUAAAACAAUUGACAUGCAAUAUUAUGCUUUGUGUGCAUUUAAGCCCAAAAGAACCGAUGCAGAGAUACGGCGGGGUUAAGUCCCCCCUUAUCGAUAUCGAGAUACAGAUACCUAGGCCCAGAAUGAAAAACAAAACGAAACCGAAAACCAAAACCAAAACAGAAUAAUAACAGAAGCGCCCACAAAAUAAAUGUUUGUAAGUUUUACACGGCACAGCGCCCCAAAAUGGGGCAAGCCCAAGGCAGUAUUGUGUUUACUUUUUCCUUGAUUGUUUUUUAUCGCUUUCCCCGCCCACACACACGCCCCCAAGAACAAACACACGAACGGUUGAGCGGUCAAAUUGUUGGCCACCGCAUUGAAAUUCAACGAAUUAAAAAGCUUGGCAUUGUCGUUAUCAAAUGAGUGGGUCUGACAAAGCGGCUAGGGCUAAUUGGGAAUUUCAAAUUGUGAAUUGUGAAAAAUGAUAGAAAUCAGAAGGUGAUAUUCGGAUACGCGGAUAUUCGGAUAUUCAAAUACUCAACAAGCUCGGCUAGACCGACAGUCACACCCACGCAGAGAGAUAUCCCCAGACAUUCGAGUUUAAUUCGCUGCAGUUUUCGUUUUCCAACUGUCUUGUUUUCUAACUUAGUGAAGAUGAUCAUUAGCAUUGGAGAUAACGAUAAUUAUGGCAUGUUAGUUAUGAAAGAAAAUGAAAAACUAAACAAAAUUAUUAUUAUUAGUUGUUAACAAAUUAUAUUGAGUAAUUAAUAAUAUUGAUCGAUGGAUGCUGAUGUGAAAGAGAUAUGAUACUAAACUAAAACGAAGCAAAACAAAAACCAAACGAGGACAAAAACAAAAGAUAAAUAACUCAUAAUAAUGACUACAAAUAUUUAUAAACAAAUGCAGAAUUAUAUAAACGUUCGAUGGUAAAAGCAAGAACUUGAAACAAAAAGAAAAAAACCACAACAAAUUUGUCAACAACACGCAGAAGUAAAAAUUUGCAUGUAACAACAAAACAAUGAGUAAACAUUUUUAAUUUUUUGUUCUUUCGCCCUCCGCUGUAAAUGUAUUUGUAGAUUUAAACAAUGAUUAAAAUAAAAAACUACAUAAAUAAAACUUAAAAAAAA